CACCAGAGCUCUGUGCACACAAAAAAAAGCCCUGCUGAACUUGCCCAGUUUCAGUCCCCCAGGCACAUUUUCCACAGUGCAGGGGCUCGCCGGCCGGACUGUUUAAUUUAGGAAACACAGCUGUGUCAUUUGCACACGCGCUUAUAGGCAGGCACAGGUCCCCCAGGCGUGUUCUUCAAAAGAAGCCAAGGCGACAUGAAGAGCUCUUUGGUGCUGUGCGUGGCCGUGGCCAUCUCCCUGGGCUCCUUUCUGGUGGAAGGUUAUCCCCAGUCAUAUGACGAUGAGGAGGUUGUGCUGGUCAACAACAAGUGUAAGUGUGUAACAGUGACCUCCAAGUUUGUCCCCUCUAAAGAAAACCCUGAAGAAGAAAUCCUGGAGAGAAACAUACGCAUCAUAGUCCCACUGAAGAGCCGAGAGAACAUCUCCGACCCCACAUCCCCCCUCAGAACCACUUUCGUCUACCGCAUGACUGAUCUAUGCAAAAAAUGUGAUCCUAUAGAAAUUGAGCUGGGCGGCGAGAUCUACAACGCGCAGCAGAGCACCUCUUGCGACGACACCGAAACCUGCUACACCUACAACAGGGACAAGUGCUACACCACAACCUUCCCAUUCCUCUACCACGGGGAGAGGAAAAUCCUUCAAGCAGCUCUGACACCAGCGUCCUGCUACGCCGAAUAGCUCCGUGCACCGCGGUCGCUUGCCUUGUUGCAUUCUGCUUUCCUAUCACUACCACAGUUAUGCUAGCAGCAUUGUAGCCAGACAAGGCCAUCUCAAACAUCAGCUCCAAGAGUAACCCAAGCUUGCUUAUGUUUCUUUUUAAGCAUCAAAAGUGCUUUGCCCCCCAAGAACAGCUGCUGGUUCUCGGAGAGUAUUCUUACUGUCCCAGCACAUAUUUGCAAUAUGAUAUCUAUCACACACUAUCACCCUUGAAAUUUUCAGGUGUGAAUCAGCCGAGUAACCUUGAAAUCAAGGGAACUAAACCAUUUAAACAGCAAAGGAGCAUUGACCUGUUUUGACAGCCUUCAAUUUGUGCCCGUCUAAGCACAGCUGCUCCAGACAGCAGGAAUGUCCAUGUACCUGCUCUCCUGAGCACUGUACACGAGACCUUGGCAGAAGGCUGGUGGCACCAUUACAGCUCUGUUGUACAAGCCUACUUGAGAGAGAGAAGAUUAGGGCAAGACUGAGUGACUAUUUCAAAAUGAAUGUGCAAUUAUUAUAAAACUCUAGACCCUUCUGCUGCUUCAGUAGUCACAAGCUUCUGUUUUUCAUAUACCCUUAGACAAAAUUAUAAUAUGCUGCUGCUGCUUUUCUCAAGUGUCUCUCAAAGGUGUCAGGACUCAGGUGUUCUACAAACACCAGUAUCAUCAGGGCCUCAUUAAGCAUCCCACUUCCUAUGCUCUUGUACUGAUAGUGAUUCCAUCUUCAAACCUUGCUCCUAGGUUAAUGACUGUUGUAAAAAAACCAAUAGACUUGAAUAUUUUCAUCCUGGU